AUGUACAGAGUGUGGAAAAGUUUUACAGACAAGAGUAACCUGAAAAUUCAUGAAAGGAGUCACACAGGGGAAAAACCUUUCACAUGUACAGAGUGUGGAAAAAGUUUUACACAAAAGAGUGAUCUGAAAAAGCAUGAAAGGAUUCACACAGGAGAAAAGCCUUUCACAUGUACAGAGUGUGGAACAUGUUUUACAGAAAUGGGUAGUCUGAAAAAUCAUGAAAGGAUUCACACAGGAGAAAAGCCUUUCACAUGUACAGAAUGUGGAAAAUGUUUUACACUAAAGAGUGAUCUGAAAACUCAUGAAAGGUUUCACACAGGAGAAAAGCCUUUCCCAUGUACAGAGUGUGGAAAAUGUUUUACACAAAAGAGUAAUCUGAAAAAGCAUGAAAGGAUUCACACAGGAGAAAAGCCUUUCACAUGUACAGCGUGUAGAAAAUGUUUUACACAAAAGAGUAAUCUGAAAAAGCAUGAAAGGAUUCACACAGGAGAAAAGCCUUUCACAUGUACAGAGUGU